AUGGGCAAAUACGGUAUAUGCCUUUAUCCCCUAUUUGACCUCAUCUCACCGCAAUGUUCAGACCGACAGGCGUGUCGUAUGACGCUGCUCGAGAAGGCAUUUCAAUCAGGUGGCUACAAAUUCGCUUUCACCACCCACUGCUCGUCUGGCUCGGAGGCGACGGUGCCAGACAAGCCCCACGGCGCUUCGUUUCAUACCACUCGUUCUGACUCGAGACUGGCGAACAUGUGCUACAACAACUCACCGGACACAUGCUCAGCCGAUACAGCAGCUGCUUCCAGGCCCGGCUGCCAAGAGGCCUUGGCCCCGGCUACAGACUCGAUGUCGGCCGCCGCUCGACGACGCAGACCGAGUGAUUUCACGGUCACCGACCUGCUCACCUCGCAGACAAUGCAACGCCUCCUCGAGACGCAGCGCCGGCUCCGAGGCUCGCCCGAAGGCGAACCGUCCACGUCGCCCGUACGUAGCAGCCUGCAGCAGGUCUCUGCUCAAAUCGCCUCCGCCAGCCGGGCUCCCGCAGCUGCCGACGACUCGGACUUGUCCGGCUCUAGCCGCCCGGCCGACGGGGCGGCAACCGAAGUUGCCGGACGGCGUUCAUCGGCGCCGCAACGCUUAGGGGCUUCGUCGACGACGGGAAAACUGUCCACUGCCUCGAUGCAGACACGCCCCAGCCUGCUGGACUCGACAAUAGAGGCUGAGUUUGAGAUAGACUCGGAACAAGAAGAAAAAGAAACGGAAGAAGACGACGGCGUAUGGAACAGCGACACAAGAGAAAAGGACGAAGAAAUAAAAAGAGCGGAGGUGAACAAAUAA